AUGGUAGUGGACUUUAGGAAUCUGAACAAGAAAACGAUUAAGGAUAGGUAUCCUAUGCCCAACAUUAAUGAUGUGCUCGACAGAAUCUCAUUGAAAUUUAUUUUAAAAUUAAUUUUUAUUUCUCUUAACAGGUACUCCCGCCAGAAGGACGGAAUCACUGAGUCGCUGGAAGCCUCAGGAGUCGGAUGUGGGUCCCGCGCAGCCGUCAUUGCGAUUUUCUUGGAGCCGCUGGCAUCAUUUGGUGGUGGAGUCUGCCUGGAUUUGGGCAGAGAACUCGUCGCUUUAAGUGGAUUCGGGUGUUGCCAGCAGCGCCGCGGCUUCCAGUCAUUUCGCCAGGAAACUGCCAACCCAUUUUCGGGUUUCAUCGCCAGUCGUCCAAAGGGUCCAGAACGUUGUAAAUUCCAGCGCCGCCGUCUCGUUGCAAGGUCCGGAAAGUUGCUGCAUCUCAGCUGGAGUCCGCCAGAAGAUCGGCAAGGAAGUCGUCAAUUUAUUUGGAGUCGUCAGAAGCGCCGCUUCUGUAUGCCAUUUCGCCAGGAAAAGAGAAACAUCUUGCAAUCGCCGGGCCAAGAUGCUUUGCCGAGGGCCGCCGCUCGAGAAAGUCCAUGGAAUUGGAUGCAUAAAAUUGGAUUAGAUAAGUCCAGUUGUCCGGGAUUUAUCAAAUUUGGAGGUCAAUUUUUCAGACGUUUCUACAAGGUUGUCGUUGUAUUUUGCCGUCGGGAUUGGAAAAGGAAUACAUACAUUGCCAUGGAUACACUGCUCACCAAAAGUCUGCAGGAGUAAUCGUUCGUGUGUGUCGAGUUACCACUGUCGUGUGCCGCUGGUCGAUUUGUCAUUAUUGUCAUUUUGCGUGUGAAUUUUUGAGUGGUAGCCGAUCGCUUGGUACUUGUGGCAUUCAGUGGUGACUGUGGCAUAGGUUGUAUUUCAGCAGCGCGCUUGCAAUUUAAAUUAUGGAAAACAAAACAAGGUUCCUGUUGUCAACCUAUUUAAGCAAAAUGCCAAUAAGUUUACACACAUUGUCCAUUUACCCAUAAAUGAAUCUAAAUUUUUAAUUGUACCUAGUUACAUGGCAUAUUUUAAUACUUAAGAUCUCUACUAUUUUUCCGACAAAUGUAACAAUAUAUACAAAUACUACAUAUAUCUGCGAGAACGCAAUGUCAGUCAAAAAUAGGGAACCUAAAAAUUAUAACAGAAAUAGAACCAGCACACAUUUUAAUAUUAAACACACAGAACACAACCAUUGAAUCAAAUUGUACUACUGAAAUAUCCAUUAGGGGAUUAGCAUUAGUAACGAAAACUGCAAAGUAGUUGUAAACCAAAUUCCGUGCGACAAGGAGCUAUCGCAGUACGAGGAGAAGAUAGAUGCCCACAUCCCAAUCAUAAAGAAUAUAAAUAAAAGCUGAACCUUGUAGUAUUUUCAUACAUAUAUAAUAAUAAUAAUUACACAUAUAAAUCAUAAUAAUAAGACAACCAAUAUGUAAACAUAAGUCCACCCUAGAAUCUUAAGUCCACCCUAUCUUAAUAUGCUAAUUCAGCAAUGUA